GCAGAUUUCCUCGAUGCGGGUUAAACGAAAGAAAUCCUCCCGCAGAAAGAUAUAAAGUAGCGCAAUCCAGUACCUUGAAGUGCGAGCUCAGUUCCGCUUCUGCGGUGUGGCAAUAUGGCCGCGCUGUGCUCCCGCAUGGACCCCUGCGAGAGUUCCGACUUCUGUGCCUGCAGCCUGCGCACAGAGACGGGACAAAAACGGCAAGUACUUUAUCCAAGUGGCUCAGGCAGACGUACGCUGAAGAUGGCAUCGGAGGAACCACAAGCAAAGAAACCGAAGCUGGAGGAAAAGGAGCUCAGCCAAAACGCGCUCUUUGGACUGGGGAAUCCACUUCUAGACAUCUGUGCUGUGGUGGACAAGGACUUCCUCGACAAGUAUGGACUGAAACCAAAUGACCAGAUCUUAGCUGAGGAGAAGCACAAAGCUCUGUUUGAGGAGCUUGUAAAGAAGUUCAAAGUAGAAUACCACGCUGGAGGUUCCACCCAGAAUUCUGUGAAAGUCGCCCAGGAACAGUGGGUCUGCAUUCAGAGUUUCGAAGACUGUCAGAGCAAGUUGAACCUUAGCAUCUCAGCUGAAGAAGGAAUGACACUAAAAAGUCAAGGAGACCUUCCUCAAAGUGGCUCAUCGUCAGAACUGCUGUAUGGAAACAUUGGUAUCAGGGCUGCAUUAUGAAUAAGACAGUAAGGA